AUGCCAUUUGGUUUAGUCUCAGCAUGGAACAAGCGUCGAAGAAGCAUGUCUCAAGAUCAUUCAGACCCUUGGAUUUAUAAACCUGCAGAGUUUUGGCAGCUUGAAGAUCAAACACCACAACCUACAAAAAGGAGGCAUAGAUCAUCUGUUUUCACAUUCAAGGAGAUGGAAGAGGCAACAUGUUCAUUCAGUGAUGGUAAUCUGCUUGGAAAAGGAGGAUUUGGCAGGGUCUACAAGGGUAAUUUGAAGUCAGGAGAGGUUGUAGCAAUCAAGAAAAUGGAACUGCCGGCAAUUAAAGCAGCAGAGGGGGAGCGCGAAUUCCGUGUAGAGGUUGACAUAUUAAGCAGACUUGACCACCCAAAUCUUGUUUCUUUGAUAGGAUACUGUGCUGAUGGGAAGCAUAGGUUCCUAGUUUACGAAUAUAUGCAUAAUGGGAACCUGCAAGAUUAUUUGAAUGGGAUGGGAGAAAGAAAAAUGGAUUGGCCUCUGAGACUCAAAGUGGCACUUGGAGCUGCAAAAGGGCUUGCUUAUCUCCAUUCAAGUUCUUGUCUAGGAAUUCCUAUUGUUCACAGAGAUUUCAAAUCCACCAAUGUUCUUUUAGAUGCCAAUUUUGAAGCAAAGAUAUCUGAUUUUGGGCUUGCCAAACUAAUGCCAGAAGGACAGGAGACACAUGUGACUGCCAGAGUACUCGGUACCUUUGGUUAUUUUGACCCUGAGUAUACAUCGACCGGAAAACUUACACUACAGAGUGAUGUCUAUGCUUUUGGAGUUGUUCUUCUGGAGCUUCUCACUGGACGUCCAGCUGUAGAUCUAAACCAGGGCCCAAAUGAUCAAAAUCUUGUACUACAGGUGAGGCACUUACUGAAUGAGAGGAAGAAGCUUCGAAAGGUGAUAGAUGCAGAGAUGGCUCGAAAUUCUUACACAAUUGAGUCUGUAUUCAUGUUUGCCAAUCUGGCUUCACGAUGUGUCCGUUCUCAGAGUAACGAGAGACCUUCAAUGGUAGAUUGUCUCAAAGAAAUCCAAAUGAUUAUACAUAUCAAUUCAAAGGGCUUGGGAUUGGUUAUGCAUAGCUUGAGAAUGGUCUAA